GCAAUUACGUAGUUGUACCCGAGAGUCUGCCCGACGGACACCCACUCACACAGUUCAAGAAUCCUCAAACCUGACUUCUAUGGUCAUCGAAGAAACAAGUCUCCCUCAAGGUAAACAACGAAGUGGUAUAGAAGAACAAGAUACUCAUAAACCCCAGAACCAAGAAUGGCAAGCUGGCCAUCCUGAGAUGUCUUCUUCGCCAACCGAGUACAGGACCAUUGAGGUCAACCAAGAAGGACCAGCUCGGGAAAUUUGGGUCGCAGAUCAGGAUUGCUUCAAGUUGAGGGUAAGGUAUGCUAAGGACAUAGAUGGAACGUUGCUUGAAUCUUUCCCUCGCUCCGGCAACACGUGGGUCCGGUACUUGUUGGAGGGAGCGACAGGCAUCUUCACCAGCUCUGUUUACAGGGACGGCACCCUCACCAAGGCAGGUGGGCUGCCCAAGAUUCGUUUCCUGGGAGAGAGGUACUCAUUGAAGUCACGAAACACCAUUGUUACCAAAAGCCACUAUGUAAAGCACCUUAGAAAGUACCCCAAUGUGCCAGCCAUUAUCAUCAUCAGGAACCCCGCCAGGGUGAUCGUGUCCUUCUGGAGUUACCUGAAUAUUAAGAAGCGAACCUUAAAACACAUAGCUGUAUUCCGUCCAUCCUCCUUCAGAACCAACGGUGAUUACUGUCUCUUGUGGUUCAUGUAUGAGUCUGUCUCUUGUGGUAAUGGUGGUUCAUGUGUCAGCAACAUUGGUUCAACUCUGGAGGUAUUCCCCAAUCGUGAAGUGUACUCACCCGCUGUCGGGAUAGCAGCGUGUCAUUCUCAUUGCCAGGGAAACCAGCCGGAGGCACUUUCAUUCAAGGACGAGUGA